AUGCUGAAGGCUUCCAACCUCUCUCGCUGGCAGUUCAUCCAGGAAUUCUCCAUUCCUCCUCUGGUGGCCGUGCCCAGACUCCCUAGCACCCUGCUUCCAGUUUUUGGUCUGCUCUACGUGCUCAUCUUUGGGCUUGCGGUGGUGGGAAACGGGGCGGUGCUGGUUCUCUUAUGUCGCAGGAAGGCUCUGCAGUCUCCCAGCACCUUCUUCAUUUGUUCUCUGGCACUCAGUGACCUCCUGAUAUCCAUAGUGUGUGUUCCUGCCACACUGCUGCAGCACUUCUUCACCAACUGGUUGGCAGGUGAUUUCCUGUGCAAGUUAAUACCAUUCCUACAAGUGACAGCCAUUGCGACCAGCAUGCUCACCAUGACUUGUAUUGCUGUAGAGCGUUUCCAGGGAAUCCUUUAUCCUCUGCAUGUCCGCAACAGCUACUUUCUUUGUCAUGCCUUCAAGAUGCUGGUGGUCGUGUGGUUGGUUGCCCUGGCAAUCGCGGCUCCUAUGUGGUUUGUUCAGAAAGUGGAGGUGAAAUAUGACUUUCUGUUUGAUGUCCACCACACCUGUUGUUUGGAAGUAUGGCCAAGCCAGCACCAGAGGAGAUCCUACACUACCUGUUUGUCCGUCCUGGUGUUUCUGGCCCCCUUGACGACCAUGGCCAUCCUCUACUGGAAGAUCAUGCGGGAGCUCUGGGGCAAGCACAAAGUACACAACGCCAUGUUUCAAACGCUCCCAGGAUCUGAAAUUAACAAGAUUACCAGGAGGAAGAAGCGUGCAGUAAGAAUGAUGGCCACCGUGGUGCUGCUCUUUGUCGCAUGCUGGGCGCCUUUCCAUCUGGUCUCCCUCCGUGUCUGUCAACUGGACCUGGAUCUUGACUCCGAGUUUCUCCUAGUCAGCGUGGUUCAGAUCCUGGGAUUCAGCAACUCUGUGUGUAACCCGCUGGUUUAUGCUGCCCUCAACACCACCUUCAAAAGGGACCUGCUGGCUCUGCUCACUCGAGGAUGCUCUGGUGCAAGAGGUUGCUGCUGUAGCUCAUGCUCCUGUUGGUUCUGGAGGUGUCACAAACGAGUGGGCAUCUCAGCAGUGGAAUCCAGACGGGGCCUGGAGACAACAUGCAGACAGGGAGGGAUCAGAUCGUGGAGCAAACCAGCAUGGGAGGGUGAACCAGAGAGGCCUACAUCUAACAUGUUCCCCCCCAUGAACCUUCUCAGCGCCAUCACACACAAAAAGACCUCCAGUACCAUGAUACUAAGUGUUAUCGACCCUCCACACACAGACAGCACAUCAGGGUCUGACCAGCCUCUCACAGGCAUACUGGGCAAGUGA